UAGCCUUCCCGUGAGUGAUUCUGGUCGAUAUAAAUAAAACAGUAUUUAAAAAAAAGACAACUGUCUUCAGAUUCAAGCGACAUCCUUUUUUGUGUGUUUUAUUCAAUUCGUGUCACUGCACAUGCAUCUAGACUUAUACGAUUUGUCUAAUUCCCAUCAGCCUCUCUCUCUCUCUCCCUCGCAGGCACACGAGAGGCGGGUCUGUCGUUUUGUAUUAUCAUUUAAUUUAUUUUUUACCUAUCGUAAUUUUUAUGGCCUGUGUAACCGAAGUCUUACACACAGGGUUGCAAUCUCGUAUCAACCAGACUGAAGUACAAGUCGAAGCGUAUAACUCGUAUCUAGCGUCAACGCUUUUAAAUUAAUGUCAAUUAAGUCGAAAAAGAAAACGCACUCGCAACGUCGUCGGGCUGUGUUGUGUGGAGAAUAGUAUGAAGACGGUGCGAUAGGGGAAAAAAGACAACGCUGAGCUGCGAUGUCGAAGGCUGUUGGGCGGAGGUUCCACUGGCGUGCCAAGGUCCAGGAGAGCUUUGUGCCGCUGGACGUGGCCUCAGGCGAGCUGGGCGUGGCGAUGGGGGGCGGGGCCGACUACGGGGAGUUCCCAUUCGUCUUGGCGGCCCGGGGGGGCGGGGCCGGGCUGGGUGAUCUGGUCCUGGAGAUUGGAGGGACCCCCGUGUUGGGGCUGACGCUGGGGGACGUGAGGGGAGUCCUAAACAGCUGCCCCCAGCCCGUCCGCAUCAAGACAGUCCCGCCAGGGGCCACCCUUUGCAAGGACCUGCGUCUCUACCUGAGCAAGUGCUUCACUCCCGGCUCUGUAGACAGCCAGCUGCAGCAAGUGAUCAGAGAGAACCUGUACCUCAGAGCUGUGCCAUGCACGACCAGGCCGCUGCGGGAUGGGGAGAUCCCGGGGGUGGAUUAUAACUUUGUGAGCAUCCAGGACUUCUUCUCCCUGGAAGAGAGCGGUGCGCUGCUGGAGAGCGGCAAGUUCAAAGGGAAUUAUUACGGGACCCCCCGGCCAGUGCACAUCGGAGAGGACAGUCCCCCCAUCUCGUACCAGGAGCACCGCAACCUGCUGCAGAAAUAUAGCACCCGCAGCAAGUCCCUGAGCAACCUGGAGAAAGUGGGAGAGGACGAGGACUGCAGUGAGGAGGGGGACUCGGGGCUGUCCGGUGGCUCUGCGGCAAACAACCCUGCCCCCACGCUGUCCCCCAGCCAAUCGCGUGACUCGAGCGGAGGGGACGGCAGCGCGCUGGAGAACGGGGGCGACGCCCUGCCGGGGAACUGGGAGAUGGGGUUCAGUGAGAGCGGGGAGCCCUACUUCAUAGAUCACAACAGCAAGACAACCACCUGGCUGGAUCCCAGAACACAGACCAAGGAGACGCUGAACAAGAUGGAGAAGAUGUCUAUGUUCACUGAUAAGCCGUCAGAGCUGAAGGGGUACUCUGUCCACACACGCCUUUCCAAGGGACCCCGAGGAUUUGGGUUCAACAUUGUGGGGGGCAGCCGGCCCCAAGAGUUCCUGCAGGUGUACAGUGUGACCCCUGGGGGCCCCGCAGCCUUGCGCACAGCUGAUAUCCUGGUCUUUGUCAAUGACACCUGCGUUCUGGGAAUGUCCCACAAGGGGGCAGUAGAAAUGCUCAAGUCUGUGCCCGCCAAUCACAGUGUUGAUCUCGUUCUAAGAAGGGGGUACCCCAUGCUAUAUAAUCCAGACGGCUGCCCCAAGCUCAAAGUUGACUCCGCGGUGAUCAGCGAACCCCCACAGGACGAGGCCGGCAACACCAAUGGAGUGCAGGAUGCCAGCAGCCCGAACGGAAACCAGCUGUCGCCCAACUUAGCCAUCAACCGCCUGCCGGCUUCCCACAGCGCCCUUGAUCUCUCUUCAAUACGCAACCAGAGGGCUGCAGCAAUGCACAACGUCAACAACAACUCGGCACUGCCUGGAUUCGACAAGAAUAGCAGCAAACCCAACCUGAAUCUCAUUAACCCAAUCCCGUUCAAACCAGAAACAGGAGGGGGAGGGACUGCAGGAGCAGCCCCAGCCUCAAGAACAGAUUGUGGGGCAUUAAAACAGCAGCCGGUACCUUACUUGCAUCCAACAACAGAAGCGGAACACAGAACGGACUGCGGGUUCCGGGGUUACCCGGGCAACGGCAAUCAGGUCUCGGCUGCCCAGACUACGGUUCCGGAAGUGGGUGGGGAGUACAUCCCGGUGCCAGUUGGGCGCAGUGAGCAGGGGGCGGGGUUCACGGUAGGAGGGGGCGGGCCCGGGGGCGGGCUGGCCGUGGUGAAGAGAGUGCUGGACAGGAGGCAGUGCCCGGCCCUGGAGGCGGGAGACGCCAUCGUGAAGGUGAACGGGGCCAACGUGCAGAGUCUGAGCUUCCCACAGCUGGAGAAGGUGCUGCAGGAGCACAUCAGGCAAGGGGAUGUCGUGCUGCUGGUGUAUAGAGAGGCUUCUCUCCGAUCCCCUCUCUCUCCAGGCUCGUCCCAGUUAAACCAGUUCCCAACCUCUCCAAACCAGCUGUCAGUGCCUGGGACCCCCAGCUACAAAGACCCCGGUCAGGGUUCAAACAGCAUGGGAUCCAGUGGAAAUUCACCAGAACCGAACCAGCAGGGCGUCUCUGAGCAGCCUGACAGCCUGGACAAGCGGCCUCCGGUACCAGAACCCGCGCUGGGGUUCAAGAAGGACCUUGUGAAGAGCACCAGCUUUCUGGAACCGGUUCCUAUGACUUUGACCCUGGAGCCCCGCGACUGGCUGAAUGUGGGGGCAUUCACAGGAAGUGCAGAGCCGGGACAGGAAGCCGUGACCCCUGAUCCCCGGGAGGCGUCCCCGCGAGGCGUGGAGUUGGAGCUGAGGAGGCGCCCGGACGAGGGGUUCGGGUUUGUGUUCGUGACGGAGCGUGACGGCAAAGCGAGCUCGCUUCUGCCUCACAAGAUCUCUCAGAUUCGGAGGGGCAGUCCCGCUGACCGCAGCGGCCGGAUCAAGGUGGGCGAUCGACUGAAAGCUGUGAAUGGUGAGUCGGUCCAGCGCGUGCCUCACCGUGACAUCGUGGAACUGUUCAGGAAGGCUGGGAACGCCAUCCGGCUGCAGAUCAUCCCACACAGCAACCCCAAUUCCUCCAGCCAAUCACAGACCACAGACAUGGAACCACAGCCCAAAGGGAGAAGAGGCCAAAGGUCAAGGUCAAAGGACUCCCGGUACUACAACGUGGAACUGGACAGAGGUCCCACAGGAUUCGGAUUCAGUCUGAGAGGAGGCAGCGAGUACAACAUGGGCCUGUAUGUGCUGGGGCUAAUGGAGGGAGGGCCGGCCGCUCGGAGCAGGAGAAUACAGGUGAGCGACCAGCUGGUGGAGAUCAAUGGGGAUGGCACGGCUGGGAUGACUCACACCCAGGCUGUGGAUCAGAUCAGGAGAGGGGGCAGACGGAUCCACCUGGUCUUGAAGAAGGGCAACGGAUAUGUGCCGGACUACAGCCCUGAAUUCAAGGACGGGAGCCAGCACUCCCCACCCCUGCGGAGCCCCAAGCCGGACCUCACUCACCAGGCCCAGACGGAUCUGGCUCCAGUAGGGUACAGAACCAGGGUGAGGGAGAGCCCCGGGGCGAUGGAGGAGGAGGAGGAGGAGGAGGAGGAGGAGGAGGAGGGGGGGGGGGGGGGGGUCCAGAAGGAGGGGGGCGGGAGGUGGAAACUGGAUGAAGAGGAAGAGGAGGAGGAAGACAGGAGGAGGAAAAAGAAGAGGCGGACGGCUGCAGCGGCUUCCAGCCCCGACGCCCGUCAGAAAGAGCCUCAGAGACACAGCAGGGGAGGAGGAGGGAAGGGGAGCAGCCAGAGUCUGCCCAGGGUGAGGCAGCGGAGAGAGGGGUCCUGGGACACAGAGGAGUGGGACGAGGAGGGAGGCUCGGAUUUAGAGAGAGAGAGAGAGGGAGGCAGACCGAGGGAGUCUAAGGAGAGGGGCAGGGCAAGAGUGAGGGAGCAGAGAGGGAAGGAGGACAGGCGAGCAGAGUCUCUGGAAAGCAGUCGAAGAAAGGAAAAGGUGGGAAGCGAUCUUCAGGGUUUAUUAGAGAGAGCCCCUGCCACCCCGAAACCGGAACACACCCCUUCUUGGAGCAGGAAGGAUGGGGGCAGGGAAGGGAACGGAUUUGGAGAGGAUUGGACAGUCAGUGGAAAGCAGGGGCACCAGCGAGCAGCAAGUCCAGGGCCUGCGUUGGACAGGCAGACAGACGGGUACCUGCUUUUCAAGAGCCAGGGGCAGUUGAGGAGCUCCGUGCAGCCCGGACCAUGGCUCAUCCCCAGCAAGGAGAAACUGUCUGAGGUUUUGGAAACCAAUAAACUCUAACUGAACUGAUUUUUUUUUUUUUUAUAUUAAGUACAAUACUGUAUUAAAAUCUGUUAUAUAUACAUAAAUAAUGUUAUAUAAUGGGCUGUUGUGUGUAAUGUGUACAUAUGUAUUAUAUGGAGAAUCUAAAAAUAAAAAUAAAUAUUUAAGUAAACACAGAAGCGGUUCAAAUGAGUACU